AACCCGGUGUAGCGCGGUUCGGCCGACGGCGCGGUGUUCGCAUCGAACACGGGCAUCCGUGUGUUCCGUCGCAGUUUCGGCAAUUCGGCGCACCGGGCGCGUGAGGAAAAGGGAGAUCCGAGAGUCGCGUCGUACAUCCGGCGGGAUCUGUCAGUCGAAAAGGGCACCUCGUCUGCCCCUUCAAGUCGUCGUGUGUGACGUGACGAAGGGCCGCGCGCCGACGUCAUCCCUCUCUCUCUUUCUCUCUCCCUCCCUGCCUCUUCCCGUCUCUCUCUCUCUCUCUCUCUUUCUCGUUCCCCUCGCUACCCGUCCCCCGUCACCUCACCGCCGGAAGAUGUUGGGCCUGGUUUGUCGUCAGGCGUUGCUGGCGAAUACCCAAAAAGUCAGCAGCAGAUGCCUGGGCUCGAUAGUCCCGGUGUCGAACCCGCCGGACUUUCCGCUGGAGAAUGAGCCGGUCCUCAGCUACAAGAAGGGCAGCCCGGAAAGAGCGGAGCUGGAGAAGGUCUUGGAUAAGAUGAGCUGCGAAUACGAGGAGGUGCCGUUAGUUAUCGGAGAUGAGGAGAUCAAGACCAAUCUGUGCAGAUAUCAAGUCAUGCCACACAAUCACAAGGAAAAAGUCGCCAAGUAUUACUGGGCGACGCCGGAGCUCGUGAAGAAGGCAAUCGACGUCGCGGUGAAGGCGCAACGGGAAUGGGAGAGGUGGCCGAUCGAGAAUCGGUUGGAUAUGUGGUUGAGGAUAGCGGAUCUGAUGGCGACCAAGUACAGGCAGAGUCUCAACGCCGCGACGAUGCUCGGCCAGAGCAAGACCGUGAUCCAGGCGGAGAUCGACAGCGCGGCGGAGCUGAUUGACUUUUUCAAGAUGCACGCGUACUUCGUGAAGGAGAGUCUCAAGUACCAGCCGAUCUCGCCGGAUCAACAAACCCGCAACUCGAUGAGGUAUCGCGGCAUGGACGGUUUCGUCGCGGCGGUGUCGCCCUUCAACUUCACUGCCAUCGGCGGUAAUCUCAGCUACACGCCGGCACUGAUGGGUAACGCCGUGCUCUGGAAGCCGUCCGACACCGCGUUAUUGUCCAACUGGUGGAUCUUUAAAAUAUGCAGGGAGGCCGGGGUGCCGCCCGGCGUGGUGAACUUCGUUCCCUGCGAUGGACCGGUGUUCGGCGACACCAUCACGUCCUCGCCCCACCUCUCCGGGCUCAACUUCACCGGCUCGGUGCCGACGUUCAACCGCCUGUGGAUCCAGAUCGGUCAGAACCUCACCAAGUACCGGAAUUACCCGAAGUUGGUCGGCGAGUGCGGCGGCAAGAAUUUCCACUUCGUCCACUCGAGCGCCGACGUGGAGACGGUCGUCAACGCGACGAUAAAAAGCGCAUUCGAGUUCAACGGGCAGAAGUGUUCCGCUUGCAGUAGAAUGUACGUGCCGGAGUCUUUGUGGGGCAAGGUGAAAGACGGCCUCUUAGCUCUUCGUCAGAAACUCACAGUCGGUGACGUUCGAGACUUUACCAUGUUUACCGGCGCCGUUAUAGACGCCGUCGCGUUCAAACGGAUCUCAGGUUACAUCGAGUACGCAAAGAAGUCACCCAAGAUGGAAAUUCUCGGCGGUGGGGGCUACGACGAUUCGUGCGGAUACUUCAUCGAACCGACAAUAGUACAAUCCAAAGAUCCGAAGGAAAAACUCAUGACAGAAGAGAUAUUCGGCCCGGUAUUAACGAUAUACGUGUACAAGGAUUCUGAGCUGGACCAGACGGUAAAACUGGUGGAAACAUCCACGCCUUAUGCCUUAACAGGCGCGAUAUUCGCGCAAGAUGAAAAUUGGGCGAGGAAGGCACUCGAGGACUUUAAGUAUACUGCCGGCAAUUUUUACGUCAACGACAAAUCCACCGGUUCAGUGGUCGGCCAACAGCCGUUCGGCGGCAGUCGAAUGUCCGGCACAAACGACAAAGCCGGCGGUCCUCACUACGCUCUUCGCUGGGCGUCCCCGCAAGCCAUUAAGGAGACCUUUGCGCCGAUACGGGAAUACGACUAUCCGUACAUGAGAUCAAUGGCGGACGCUGCUCCAGCCGCACGUGGCGGUUUUCGCGGAGGUUUCGGUUCUCGCGGCGCGGGAGAUCGCGGUGGCCUGAGGGGUCGAGGCAGAGGCAGAGGCAGAGGACGCGGUCGCGGACGCGGGAAGGAGGACAGCAAGGAAUGGGUUCCGGUUACGAAGCUGGGCCGUCUGGUCAGAGACGGCAAGAUACAAUCGCUCGAACACAUCUACCUGUUCUCUUUGCCUAUCAAGGAGUUCGAGAUCAUCGACAGAUUCCUCGGGCCGGAUCUGAAGGACGAGGUCUUGAAGAUCAUGCCUGUGCAGAAACAAACUAGAGCAGGUCAACGCACGCGUUUUAAGGCUUUUGUCGCCAUUGGAGACAGCAAUGGGCACAUCGGACUGGGAGUGAAGUGCUCCAAGGAAGUGGCCACCGCCAUCCGCGGCGCCAUCAUUCUGGCAAAGCUGUCCGUUGUGCCGGUACGACGCGGUUACUGGGGCAACAAGAUCGGCAAGCCGCACACGGUGCCGUGCAAGGUCACCGGCAAGUGCGGCUCUGUACAGGUGCGCCUGAUCCCGGCGCCCAGGGGCACCGGCAUCGUGUCCGCUCCGGUACCCAAGAAGCUGCUUCAGAUGGCCGGCAUCGAGGACUGCUACACCUCGGCCAGAGGCUCCACCUGUACGCUCGGCAAUUUCGCCAAGGCCACGUACGCCGCGAUCGCCAAGACGUACGCGUACCUGACGCCCGACCUGUGGAAGGAGCAGGCGCUGGCCAAGGCGCCGUACCAGGAGUUCGCCGAGUAUCUGUCCAAGACUCACAAAGGAGCGUGCCGUUACUGUACGUCGCGCGCGAACCACCGUCGCGGAAGGACUCUGAUUUCGCUUGUGAGGGCGCGUAUCGCGCGCUUAUCACCGACCGCAGCUUCCGACAGCCACAACGCCAGGAUGUUCAAGAAAUUCAAGGACAAGCUCGCGGAGGAGAUGAAGCAGUCGCCCGCGAGGCUGCAGGCGAGCGUGCAACAACUGGCACAGGCAGUAGUGUCGCCGGCCCUGUCCAACAGCUCCAUUCAGGAAGUGUCGGCGUCGAAUGACAAUUUCAGUCUGACGGAGGAUGGGGACGAAACGCCAAAGAACACUCCGGCGAAACACAGCUUCCAAAAUGUUGACCUGAUGUCACCGUCGCCGAAUCGCGCGGAGAUCUCGAGAAGAUCCUCGGUGAGCAGCAUCACCAGCGACGCAUCCUCGUUGUUUCCGAUGUACGAGAGUCCUCCGAAUUUAUAUCAUUUACAGUCGGACAUGGAUCAGUCGGCUAGCGAAGUGGACGAUAAUAUCAGUCCUCAUCUCGACAGAGUUACGAAGGAUCAGCUGUACUCUGCUUACCGAAAGGUGCAAACCAAGUAUCACAAGUAUCGCGGCAGGUAUACGGAUCUGGCUGCGCACUAUCGCGAAUUGGACCGAGUGAAGAGCAGACUGGAGUCCGUGUUGGUCGAGACGCAGGACAAGGUUCUAAGGAGGAUAACCGACCUAAAGGAGCAAUGUCAAUUAGAGCAGCAGGCGAAGGCGCACUUGGAGGACGUGCUGAGGAACGACAUAGAGGAGAAGGAUCACAUUAUAAAUACGUUAAAUACAAAGAUAAAAUUGUUGCAAGCGAGCGGGCCGACGUUAGAGAAUUCGGUGACGGAAGACGCUCAACCUAAGGAGAUUUCUAAAGCGAAUCUGAUCGAUCUGACGAACGAGCCGUCUAACGAGGAGAGUGACGCGCUGUCGGUAGAAAAUGCUCAGUUAAAGGAUAAGCUGAAGAAGCUGGAGAGCCUCGUUUUGAAGUACAAGGAAUCCCUGAAGCGUAACAAGGAGAAAUUCGUGGAGGUGAUGAAGGAGAAGAACACUUUGGAGAACGAUCACGAGGCGCUGAAGAAUUCCACUGCCGAGAGGAUAAGCGCGACGGAGGGUGAAUUGAGCGAGGCGCGUGCCGAGAUUGGGAGACUGACCGAACAAAUAGACACUUUGCACAGACGCGAGGAGGAAGCGGCGAUCUCGUUGGCCGAGAACAAGCUCUCCGUGCACAGGGAGCUCGAGGAGAAGGAGGAGCAGAUCAAGCAGCUGCGAAUCGACCUGAAGCACGUGACGGAAGAUAAGGAGACUUCAAACGAGGCGGUGGCGAGAUACAAGGCCGAGUUGAGUGAACUGAAGUCCCUGCGUGCUGAUUCGAGUGUAGCCGCGGAUAAAAGCGCGACGGCACACGACGCGCCGAAGGAGAAGGUCGAAGCAGCGAAAUCUGCGCGACAAGCGAAACGUCGCCCCGAGAAAAUCGAUCACGGUGAGGGGACGGGAACGGAAGACGAGAACAGGCUGGACGAAGUGACGCUUCGUUUGCAGGAGAAGGAAGCCGAGUUGCAGGAAGUGCAGCAUAAAUUGGACGAGAUAGAGAAGCAAAAUGUGGAAUACAGGGAAACGCUGCGGAGCGAACUGCUUGCUUGCAAGACCGCACAUUCGGACCUGAAGCAGGAGUACGAUGCGCACAGGAUUGUCGCGGAGGAGAAACGGAAGGACGCCGACUCGACGAUCGAGAAGCUCCAAGCGACGGUGCAGAGCGUCGACAAGGAACUGGAGAACAUGAGGAGCGCGUUGAUCGACAGGGAUCAGGUGUGUGAAAAUUAUAAUAAAAAGGUCCAACAGUACACGGGCCUGGUCGAAAUGGCUAAGCAUAAAUUGACCGAGCAGGAAGCGGAGAUAAAAUCGCUGAAUGACAAAUUGCAGGAGCUCUCUGGGCUGCGAGAAGAGCUGGAGAACAAAAAGAUGGAAUUAAGCGCGAUGCAAAGUGAAUUGGAAUUCUGCAGAUCUACGGUCGACGACCUUAAGAACAAGAUUCAGGCGGACAGUUCGGUUAUAAAUUUACUGAAGAAAGAGAGGAGCGAUUUGAUAAAUCGUCUUAUUUAUUACAACGAUUGUACGCAGCGUUUAAAGCAGGACUGCAUGGACGUUAAAAGUGUCGUUACGGAGGAAUUCUCAAGUCAGAAGGCCAAGUUAUCGGACGUGAACGCGACCCUUGCCGUAUCUUUUGCAAAGCUCGAAGAGGAGAACGCAACACUGCGAUCCGAAGUGGAUGAAAUGCGUUCGAAGAUAACCGAUCUGGAGCAGCUUACGCUCAAAGAGGCAGAGUUGCAGUCGGAAUUCGCGCAAGUUACGAAUCGCAAACUCGCACUGGAAGCGGAACUGAGGGAGAGUAACGAACGAUUGAGAGAGAUGACGCUGAAGAGCGACCAGUACGACGAACUCAAUACAACGAACAACAAAUUGAUCGCCGAGAUCGAUAAUCUCAAUUUUAAAAUUCACGAUCUGGAGGCGGCGUCGCGCGAGUUGACGCAGUCGCAGCGGGAAGUCGAGGCCCUGCGAGAACGGCUAAGGGCGUUGGAGAAUCUUGAGUCUGCAAAUCACGCGUUGUCCGUCGAGAUCGACGAUCUGAGGGAGAAGCAUGCGCUAGCCAGUCGUGCCGUCAAGGAGGUGGAUGAAUUGAAAGUGAAGUUACGCGAGGCAACCGAAGUCAUUAGGUCGUACAAGUCGGAGAGCAGCGAUCACGACGCGCUGCGCGAGGAGCUGCGCGCCACGAGAUCGGAGAUCGCUCGCUUGAAGAGCGAUCUGGCGGAGAAGGAGGGCGAGAUAAAGACACGCGACGAGAAGCUGGCGAGCGAGGAGGAGCACGUCGUGCAUUUAAAGGCCACUUGCGACAGUCACAUACAGACGAUCGAGGAACACGUGCGGAAGUAUUUGAAUUUGGAAGCGGAGUACCAAGCGACGAGGGAGAAUCACGCGAAGGAAAUUGCCGAGUUGAUGGAGAACAACAAGGUGUUGCAGGAAACGGUGAACGUGAAGCUCGUGCAGUUGAAGAAGAUGAAAACUAUCAAGGAGCGGCAAGGUAAAACGAUCGAGGAGGCGCGAGCCGAGCUUGACGAAGCGAAGUCUCGGCAGGCGGAAUUGUCCAGCGUGUUGAAGACCACCGAGAAGCAGAUGGAGUCGCUGAAGUUGGAAAAUUCUCAGCUCGCGACGAUCACCCUGGAGAACAAAGAUCUGAAGGACAAGCACAACGAUCUGCUGAGCCGUAAUCAGAAGCUGCGCGAAGACGACGAGGAUCUGAAGCGGAAAAUCGCCGACUACGAGAAGGAGAUCGAGGCACUGCGUGGAACGGUGAAGAGUUACGUGGAAUCGUAUAAGUCUCAGCUGAACAGUCAGAGCGAGGCGGCUGAACGUCUGAGCAAUGAGCUAAGCGACGUUAACGCGCAGCUCGAACGUAAAGAUGCGGAAUUGAAUUCGCUUAGCGAGCGAUUGACGGCGAGCGAAAGAGAAUCGCGAGGAAUUAAAGAGAAACUCGACGAGCGGGACACCGAGCUGAAGGGUAAAAUUUCCGAGUUGGACACAGCCGUGACAAACGGCAACCUCGUGAGAGAGGAGAACGAGCGGCUUUCCGCGGAGUUGAAGUCGCUGAGGGAUGAAGUUGAAAGAAUGAAAGAUGUGGAGGGUAAGAAUGCACAGCUGAAAUCGGAGCUCGGCGAUAUGAUCCGAAAGAAUUCCGACGCCGAGGCGAUACGUUCGGAGUACAACGUGCUGAUCGCCGAGCGGAAAGCUCUGAAGGACAGAAUUGCCGAGUUGGAGAGUGCGAACUCCAGCAGCACGGAGUUGCGGACUCAUGUAAAUAAUUUACAGUCUAAGGUGUCCAGCUUGGAGGCUCUGCGGACGGAAAACUGUAGGCUGCAGUCGGAGAUCGACGCUCUGCAGUCCGCGAAGGAUUCGUCGUCGGAGGUGGGCGCCCUGAAGGAUUCACUGACGGCGAAAGACGCGGAGAUAAAAUUAUUGGAGGAUAAGAUAUCCAACAUGUCGCAAGAGAUUGGGAAUUUAAAACGGUUCUCCCUCGAAAUCGACGAAAGGAGAAAGGGCGCGGACACGCUGAGAAACUCGCUCGCGCUGUCGGAAGAGAAGACCGCUGGCCUGCAGUCGGAGAUCGAUUCCCUCGUACGGACGAACGAUGCGCUGCGAAAAGAAUUGGAAACCAUCCGCGAGAACGGAGACGCAAAAUGCCUGCAGCUCGAUAGCGACAAGUUGCGCGAGGAGAAUCAGCGAUUGGAGGCACAACUCGACGAAGCGUUGAUUACGUUCCAAGCGAAAGAGACGCAGAUGCAGUUGGCAAGCAACGAACUGAGAUCGCAGACUAAUCAGUUGAGGGAACAGCUGAAGACUAACGAGGAGGAACAAGGAAUGAGGCUGAAGCAGCUGGUGAAAGAGUUCCAAGCUCAGUUGCACGACAAGGAAGAGGAGCUCCAAGCCGCGUUGGAGAAACGUUUCGAUCGUCAACACAACUUCGAGUCGAAUAUUGUGCAGCAGUAUAAGGAACAAUUGAAAGACUGUCAAAUAGAGCUGACAGAGAAGUCCGAGCAGCUCGAGAGCCUCGCUCUGGAGAAGAAGGACGAGGUAGCGGAGAAGGGAAAGGAUAUUGAGCGCUUAGUAAAAACAAUCGUGCAGAUUAAAGAGGAGCACACUAAUGAGAUAAAAGAAAUAGAGAAAAAGUGGAAGGCUAUAGUGCAGCAGAGAAUCGACAAUCUGCAAGUUAAACACGACGAUGAAUUGAAUGAACUAACAAAAGAAUGGCAGAACGAAAGAAAGCCUGAUGCACAGACUGACGCAGCUUCCGAGGAAUUGGAGAGCACUUCGCGCGUGGCGAUGGCCGCAAUACAAACGAGCACCGGCUCGAUUCACACCAUGCAGCAGACCCUGACGUCUCAAAGGCGCGAAAUCGCCGAGCUCAGGAAACUGGUGAACCUGCGGCACGAUACACUGGAAGACUCGACGGAGAUCGAGUACCUUAGGAAUAUUCUGUUCGAGUAUAUGAUGGGAAGGGAGACGAUGGUGCUCGCCAGAGUGAUCGCCGCCGUCGUCAAGUUCGAUCAAGAGCAAACCACGAAGAUACUUAAGAAGGAGGAGGAUAAGUUAACUCUGUUUGGGUCGCUUGGUCUCACGUAGUCCGAGAUGUACGACUUUUCUGUAUAGAAGAAUUCUAUAGGCAAUUGACGUGUUUCUCUGCCUGUGUAUCCUAGGUUUCUACAGGUCGCACGCGCGAGUUGUACCUUCGGUUCUAUACAUAUAUAUAUAUAUAUUGUAUAAUGAAGAAACAAGAAUUUGUACAAACUAGCUACAAUAUGUAAAAUUUGCAGAUUUUUAUAAAUAUUAAUUUAACAGAAUGUUAUCGUAUGUGAGAAGGCUUAUAUAUAAUAUAGAAAUAUAUAAUGUACAAAA